CAAACAUAUUUAUCACUAUGACAACCCACAAUCAUUGAUCAUACGAUAAACUCUCUAAACAGGUAAUAUAAUCCCUUUACAUUCCCCUUACUCUCUGCCCUAUUAAACGUCUAACUAAUGACAAUCAUAUAAGUUUUUGAAGGACAGCAUUAUUUUACAGUAAUUUACUAACAAAUGGCAUGCAAUGAGAAUAUUGUGAAGAAUAUAGCGAACGAAAUAACCAGAAAUUGCCAAGUCCAGAAUGUUACUGUAGACAUUGAGUUCGUGGUUUAUCUUGUGGAUCUGUUCUUAUUGAAUCCUAAGUAUGGGAAGCUGUUUUCGAAGACUAUCAACAGGAACAACUUGCAGUAUUUCGUCGAGGAGUGUGUGCACUUGUUAACACGUGGUGAAACUUCCCUAAACACUCUGCGCAUGCAGCACAUCAUACAGACGAACUACGACAAACUCCAGAACUUGAUCGAGAAGCACUUGCACUCGAUCAGCACCUGUCUGCGGCCACUCGUCAGCGAAAUCUUGGAUGCAGAGCCGGCGGCUGAUGAUGAAGCGGAGUGCCGGAAGCUGUUCAGGAAGAUCUCCAUUUAUAUAGUCCUGGCAAGUGGGCUGGGGAAUCCAGGGGUGAUCACAACGUUGAAAGAAGGCAUGGCCGCUCUAGAGAGCGUGUUCUCUCUAGAAGACCUCAAGAUGUUCGUAGCUAUACCCAGGACUGAGAAGAUGGCGCAGCUGGAGGAGUUGACGCAAAUCGUGUCUGGUGUAAGGCUCUUCAACAGGGAUUGCAAGAAGGGCGGGGAGGGGAUACCUGAUUUGCCGUUUAACUUGGUGGACGCGGGCAAGGCAUGCCUGGGCUCGUUGUCCAACGCCUUGAUCGCGGUGAUGCAGCGAGUGAAUGCGCUAACUACGGCCGUGGCCGACGUAGUCGCCGUACAGCAUGAGACUGGCAACGUUUACGUGGACAUACCCAGCGGAUCGCAUCUCACUUUGGAAGACUAUAUACAGAUCUUCCAGCUGCUAGCCUUCAACCGGCAGUACGAGUUGUUUGUCCGCAAAUUGCUCUCCGAUGUGGAGACGAUGGUUGACAACUCGAUUACCUUAGUGGACAGAGCUAAAGGUGUCCUCGAAGAAUUACACGCGGCUGUUAAGUAUAAGGCCGCUGUACCAGUCAUCACUGUGUUUCCACUAUUCACGAGACUCUGGCAAGUAUGGCGCGCCAUGCAAAACAUCAUGUUCCUGGUGUCGACGGUGAACAGGCUCAUGUCUACGCUGGCCGCCAUUCAGGACCAGAUGAAGAUGCCCACACACGUAUUGGACGCGAUGCUGAGGGGAAAACAGGUAGUGACAGACCAGGACAGAAUGACUGCAACCGUCAGCAUGGAGGAGAGAUUGUCAUUGGGAUCUUUGAGGAACUACGUUGCGAACGAUAGUGGUUCUUCUGUUAAGGACUCACACGUCCAGUAUCUCGGUUUCUGCGCUCUUUGCUUGAGCGUGGGAGCUCUCGUACCCGGCAACAUGAAGGUGGGAUAUAUGAAGCACCGAGCGCGCCGCUACGCCUUCUGUAGCGUACAGAUGGCACUGCGGUUCACCGCAGACCCGGACAGAUACGUGAAUGAAGUUCUGCACUACGCUCGCAACAACCCUCACGUGAUCAACCUCUUGGACAUUCUAGAAGACGUGUAUAUGGUGAAGGACGUUGAUAUACUUAUCACGGAGCAUGUGCCAAAGAUCAAGGUGAUGGACAAGGACAUACAGACGGAAGUGCACCCAGUGGAGAGCUACAUUGAGAAGAACUACUCCUGGGACAUGUGGAAGUGGAAGCGAAGGGCUUGCCAAUGGGCCACAAUAGUAAACUGCAAAACGCAUUCAACACAAACUUUAUACAGCCACAUGCGUUCGGAGAUCCAGUGCCAGACGGUAGAGCCGCGGGACAAGUCUUUACAGACGAAAAAGGAAUGUGGCGUCAAUACUCCCUCCAGGGAAUACUUCCUGUGGGGUUUGAGGGGACAAGUAGGAUACGGGCAACAUACUCUGGGCUUGACUGACUACGUACACACGAAGAAGAAGAAAACGCAAGUAAUAUCGACCUGCAGAUGGCCCUGCCUCGAAGCCGACAUGACAUCAGCUUCAAUAAACACCGAACACGAAGACAACAAACAGUGAAACCUCAAUAAACAUUUAUUUCAUGUUCUCGAUAUGUUAACGUUUUAUUGUUUAUUUUAAUAAUUUUGUAUAGGAACUACUACGGCUAGAAAUUAACCAGAAAAUAAGUAAAAUCUACAGAAACCCAAGACAUUAACUAUUAUUAUGAAAAUCUUUUCGAUCGAAACGGAACGGAUAACGACGGAGGACAUUCGGUAGGUAGAAUGAAAAUAUUAAUAUUGUUUAAAAUAGUACUUAUAUUGAUAACUAGUGGCCCGCCCUCGCUUCGCUUCGGGGUAGAAUUGAUCAAAAUCCUUUCUUAGCGGAUGCCUACGUCAUAACAUCUACCUGAAUGCCAAAUUUCAGCCCGAUCCGUCCAGUGGUUUGGGCUGUGCGUUGUUAGAUCACUAUGUCAGUCAGUCACACCUUUGAGUUUUAUGUAUAUAGAUAUCGGCAUGUGGCGAUGCCAAGGAGUUUAUACCUAUAGGGGGUGAUUACUUCGAAUUCCAAAGUACAUGGUAAAAAUUUUUAUGAGCGACUGCCCUGACAAUGUAUAAAUAUUGUACUUCUUGUAUAUAAAAUUCUCGUGUCACAAUGUUAGUUUACCGUACUCCUCCGAAACGGCUUGAUCGAUUUUUAUGAAAUUUUACAUGCAUAUUCAGAAGGUCUGAGAAUCGGCUACUUUCUAUUUUUCGUACCCCUAAGUGAUAAGGGUUGUCCACCACUAACAUUUAUUUUUAUUUAUUGGACAAUUUUUUUUAUUGUUUUAUAAUGUGGCUUUAAAAUUUACAUAAAACCUCAAUUUUCACCCUUGCGUCACCAACCCCCCUAUUUUUUAAUAGUAUUUAUUUGGCAAAACAAAGUUUGCUGGGUCAGCUAGUAGUAAUAUUUAAUGCACAAUGACUGAAUAUUUAUAAUUUCUAUAAAAAGGUCUCAGGAACUUUUCAUAGUCACAAUUUUGAAAAUUAUGAGAUCUCCUACGACGUCAUUACCUUGCUACAUUUGAUAAAAGAUGUUGCACAUUGUAAGGUCAUACUUAAUAUUUAUCUAUGGUACACAUGAAAGGGCUUUAUAAAUGGCAACUCUGGGGGGUGAUCUGUGAACUGUGCUUUGGAACUUAAAUGUAUAUCUAAAAUUAAAUCAAUUAAAAUCAUAUAAAUAAAAAAGAUUAAUUGUGUCUUUUAUUAUGCACUGAACCUGUACAUGGUGUCAGAUGUAAAUUACAAUCAUGGAUACCAAUUUAAAAGUGCCGAAUCCAAUAAACGUGGCAGUGCCUAAUGUUUAUCAAGAAUGGGAACGAAUUUCUCAACAAUUCAACAUAUACAGUGUAAACUCUUUAUAACGUUAUCCUUUAUAACGAUAAACUCCCUAUAACGUUGGAGUGAGCCCAAGUUGGUUGGUUUGCGUUUGCGUAUUGUAACACUCUUUAUAGCGAUACGCCAUUCUCUAUUACGAAGAAAUGUGUUUAUAUUUUUAGACAGUAAAUAUUUAUUAUCGGUAUUUUUGUUUAUGUUAUGUUAUCAGGUAACAAACGACUUUGAAGCUCCGAAACAUCCGAGGUCGGUCUAGCUUUUGUUAUCCUUAAUUGCCUUAUACACGUGCAGUAUGACGCAUUGUUUUCUCGGAAGUGAUGGUCUUCGACCAAGCAUACUGGGUACCUAUCGUAUUAUCAGUCGUAAACCUACUUUGAAACUGUUAACAUGGCCAGUAAACGGAAAGCGAUUAGUGUUGACGAAAAAGUUUGUGUGAUACGUGCGAUUGAAAAGGGAGAAAAGAAAAGUGACGUUGGAAGGCGUUUUGAACUAAGUCAAUCCACUGUUGCUACCAUUUGGAAAAACCAAAAAACAAUUCUACAGGAGGCGCUGGAAGGAAACUUGUCUAAAAAAUUAAGGAAGCAAAAAUUCGAAGACUUAGAUCAGGCAAUGUUGUCGUGGUUUAACAAUCAGCGCCAGAAUAAUGUACCCAUCUCGGGGCCAAUUGUAAAAGCUAAGGCUGAAAAGUUUGCCAACCAACUUGGCAUAAUUGACUUUAAAGCAUCUGCAGGUUGGCUCGGAAAAUUUAAGCACCGUCAUCAAAUUUCGUACGGUAAAAUGAACGGAGAGGCGCGCGAUGUCGAUAUGAUUGUGACUAACAAUUAGAUUAGUACAGUGUGGCCUAAUUUAAAGAUGAAAUACUCACCAGAAGACAUUUUUAAUGCAGAUGAAACUGGCCUUUUUUUCAAGUUGACUCCCGACAAAACUUUAAAAUUCAAAGGGGAAAAAUGUGUUGGAGGAAAACUGUCUAAAGAGCGCAUUACAGUUCUAGUGGCUGCCAAUAUGAGUGGCACAGAAAAAAGAAAGCAAAUCGAAAAACCCUCUGUGUUUCAAGAACAUAAAACAGUUGCCAGUUACGUACAAAGCAAAUAAGUCAGCUUGGAUGACAUCGCAGAUUUUUGAAGAGGAAGUGAGAAAAUGGGAUGCUGAAUUAAAAUCACGGAAAAUAUUGCUUCUAGUAGACAAUUAUCCUGCUCACCCAAUCAUAUCUAAUCUUCGAAACAUAGAGUUAGCAUUUUUCCCAGCUAAUACAACCAGUAUUUUACAGUGUAAUUAAAUCCCUAAAGGGCCACUAUAGACGGAAAAUGUUGAUGGAUAUGAUAGAAACUGACGGCAAGGUCUCGAUCAACAUGCUACAAGCAGUGAACUUCAUAUCAAAAGACUGGCAAGAGGUAACAGCGGCCACUAUCCAACAUUCUUUUCGACAUGCUGGAUUAUGUAGUAGCCAAGAAACGAACCAAUUUAACAGUGAAGACAAUCUACCACUGAGUGAAUGGAUAAGCCAGUUCAAUAUACCAAACAAUUUUAACGAAGAUCUACAAUCGUACGAAAAUAUAGAUGAGGAUGUAGCCAUAACUGGUACACUUACAGAUGAUCAAAUUGUUGAUUUAGUGUCAAAAAGUCAGGAAACACCCGAUAAUCAAGAUGAAGAAGACGAUCAAGUGGACAAAGCCUAAUCACCACCAACAAUUCAACAAGCCCUAGAUGCCGCUAAGUUGGUAGAAAAUUUUUUGUUGUUUAAUCAAGACGAUUCCACCACAUAUCUAGAUAUGAAUAGAAUACAUAAAAUAAUACAAAACAAGUACUGGCAUAGCAAAAAACGUCAGACGAAAUUAUCAGACUAUAUGUGUAAACAAUAAUUUAUUAUUAUUAUUUAUUAUUAUUAUUUAAUCUUUAAUGCCUUACAUUGCAUAUGGCGGACUUAAUGCCAGCAUGGCAUUCUCUACCAGUCAACCGGAAAGAACGUGCAGAGUCAAUAAAACGGCAGACAAUCAUGGGAAAGAACAAACAUCAAACAAUAAAAAAACAAAAUUAAAUAGCGUUUAAUACAUACACAUAUACAUACAUACAAAAAUAAAUAUAAAGACAUACACACACAUAUAUACAUAAAUAUAUACAUAAUAUACCUAUAAUAUAGUGUCCGAUUUGAGUAUCCUGAUUCAGCUUAAGCACUAUGCAAUAGAUUCAAAUAAUGUUCCCGCACCGAACUCUUAAACACCGUCCUGUUUGGAGCGUUUCGAACGUCUAGAGGAAGUGCAUUCCAGAGCCGAAUGGCAGUAAGGGUGAAUGAACUGGAGACAAACCUAGUAUGGUGAAUCGGUACUUCAAGGUACGGUACGGUUCAAGGUACGGUAUUUAUAUGUAUAAGCAUUUAUUAUCUAAGACAUACAUACAAUUAAAAAUUCUUGUAUUAAAA